GGUUCGGAACGGAAGAAUGAUCGGGAAAAGAUGAAAAAAAGAAAAGCUAAAUACAAAAAAAAGGAAACCUAGGUGUCCUGCAGCGCAGGGAUGGCGUAGGGAUUGGUCGUCGGCUCGAGAGGACGAAUGGGAAUCGUGGAAGCGAUGAGCUGGGGGCUAGCGUAGUUCUCGUCGGCGUCGGCGGCCACUGGAACUUUGGAAGAGAGAGGAUUAAAGCGGACAACGGGAUUAGCUUUUAUAUUUAUUUUUUUCUUGAAAUUAAAGGGAGGAAAGGGAUUCGGUUCUCUUCGGCUUUGGAUCUGAAUCUCUGCAUCUCAGAUUUUGUAGAGAGAAAAAGCUUCCAUCAGAACAUUGGGUAUAACCUGGGAAAAAAUGGGUGUGAUGGGUAAUGGCAUAGAAUCAAGGAAAACGGUGUUUGUGACAGUGGGAACCACAUGCUUUGAUGCUCUCGUCAAGGCAGUAGACUCUCAGCAGGUCAAAGAUGAGUUAUUGAGAAAGGGAUACACCGAUCUCCUCAUUCAAGUGGGCCGUGGGACAUAUGUACCCUCCAAGUUUUCUGGAGAAGAUGGAUCUCUAGCCGUGGAUUAUUUCACUUUCUCACCGAGCAUUGCCGACUACCUUAGAUCAGCAUCUCUUAUCAUUAGCCACGCAGGGUCCGGGAGCAUAUUUGAGACACUGCGAUUGGGUAAGCCUCUAAUUGUGGUCGUCAAUGAGGAUUUGAUGGACAACCACCAAAGUGAGCUUGCAGAGGAACUGGCAGACAGGAAGCACCUAUUCUGUGCCCGCCCGCAGACACUCCAUCAGACCAUCAAAGUCAUGGAUCUGGAGUCCCUUAUUCCUUACCCACCAGGUGAUGCUGCGCCAGUUGCUAAUCUAUUCAACAAUUUUCUUGGAUUCCCAGCUGAUUGAGCUGUCUAUCAAAUUGAUCCUUGAAGAAUGUUCAUGGGAUCGUUGGUCUUGUGGGCAGCCAAAUUUUGAACCCUGUUCAUACUACGAAAACCCUGUUGGAAAUGGCUCCAGUAUGAUCAUAUUAGCAUUCUCUCUGCUUGAAUACUCUUUUCAGAUUCUGAAGAUUAAUAAUGUAAUCACCAUUUGUGAUUCAAAAUAUACUACUGUUUUGUAAAUCCCUUAUUUGUGGUGGGAGAAGAUUGUAUGCCGUUCAUUGUUUUUAUGCAAUUAAAUUCAAUCCAUCCAUUUCUUAUCAAA